UUUUGCUGUAUAUUAUUAUGUAUAAACAAUGCAGUCUUCAAAUUGCCUGAAAUAACAGUAGGCUACUAGAAAUGCAACUCUUCUUCAAAGAUGUCGAUUCUGGAAUAUUUCUAUGUAUGGCAAAUAGGCAACUGAAGCGAUUAUGUACGCAAAGACAUAUUUGGUAAAGAACUUCAACUUUCCAACCACAUUUCCUACUCAUCUAAGCUGCAGGCAAUGUCUGAUACUGCCUUACGGUGCAUUGCGGAAAUAAGAUAGCAGAUACAGUGGAAUAGCUGCACAAGGAAAAGGCGUAUCUUCAUACUGUAUAUAACUCUCACUGCAGUACCAAAGAACUUCACUGCAGAAAAAAAAGAUGAAGAGAACAAAGAAUCAUCUGUUGCUACUUGUGUGUCUUGUGUUCAGUACUUUUCCUCAUUUUGCUUCUGCCUUAAACUUGGAUGCAGAAAAUGUUGAUGUUUAUUCCGGUCCGGAGGGAAGCUAUUUUGGAUUUUCUGUGGACUUUUAUAAAGACGAAAAUAACUUGGUCAGUCUAGUGGUGGGGGCCCCUAAAGCCAACACAAGCCAGCCUGGAGUGACAGAGGGUGGGGCAGUGUUCCACUGCCUUUGGUCUCAAGGGAAUAGCACGUGUGACAGGAUGGCCUUUGACGGUGAAGGCAGUGAAAAUUAUUCCUACUCCAGCUACCGCAUAGAAGCGUCCAAGUCGCACCAGUGGUUUGGAGCCAGCGUGCGGGUUGCGCCCGGCUACGUUUUGGCUUGUGCCCCACUGUACCACUGGAACGUAAAGGAAAACAAGAACGAAUCGGGGAGCACGCCAGUGGGGAACUGCCAGAUGCUGGACGUGCAGUCGGGGAAGCUUACUGAAUACGCCCCCUGCAAAGACCUGCUGAUUGAUCGGGUGUAUGAGGAGAGGAACUUCUAUCACGACAGGCGAUACUGCGAGGCUGGAUUUAGUUCGGACAUUACAAAGGAUGGAAAGGUUGUUCUUGGUGCACCAGGUGGUUACUACUUCGAAGGUCAGAUUAUCGCCGCGGAUGUACCUCACGUUAUUAAAAGCAGUCAGACUUCAAACCCAGUGCGAUAUGUGGAGAACACAGUCCUGUCGCCGGAGAUGGGUAACUACGAUGUCUAUAAAGGUUAUUCGGUGGCUGUUGGCGAAUUCACGGGAGAUUCCAUCCCUGACUAUGUGGUCGGAGCUCCCAAUGAUCAGAACACAGUUGGUUCAGUUAAAAUCUACAAUGGAAAUACAAGGUAUUCUUUACAGAUGUCCCACACAUUCUACGGCACCCAGGUUGCCUCAUAUUUUGGUCAUGCUGUCGCAGUGACUGACAUCAAUAACGAUGGACGUGACGACAUCCUGGUUGGGGUGCCGCUCUUUAUGCAAUGGCAGUCAUCCAAACAGCUGCUUGAAGUGGGGCAGGUGUUGGUGUACCUUCAGAAGGAGCGAUCCACCUUCUCCAGCAAGCCUGAUCAGAAGCUAAUAGGCGCAGACGCGUACGGCCGCUUUGGAAGCGCCGUUGCACCGCUGGGAGACAUUGACCAGGAUGGCUUCAAUGAUAUUGCAGUAGGGGCGCCCUUCUCUCACGGCGAGGGCCGGGUGUUCAUCUUCAUGGGGCAGGCUGACGGCUUAUUGUCCCAGCACCCCCAGGUUCUCCAAAGUCCAUUCCAGAACCUGCCAACCCCGGCAGCAUUUGGCUUCACCCUGAGGGGGGCAACUGACAUCGAUGCCAAUGGCUACCCAGAUCUUGCAGUUGGAGCAUGGGGAGCCAGCAAGAUCGCUGUGUACAGGGCACAAGCCGUGGUAAGAGCCAAAGCCCUUAUCUCCCUGCACCCCGAUUUCCUGAACCCUGACGUCAAGCUCUGCCAGCUUCCGGCGACUUCCAGGGACGUCUCCUGCUUCACAAUCCAGAUGUGUGUCAGCGUGUCUGGCCACAGAAUUCCAGAACAAAUAGUUCUGAACGCUGAGCUUCAGCUAGAUAAGAUGAAGCAGAAGACUGCCAGAAGGACCCUCUUCCUGAAGUCCAGUCAGCCACAGGAGAACCUCUCCCUGAAUAUCCUAAAGCGGGUGGGCGUGGCCUGUAUGAACCAUACUGCCUACCUACGGCAUGAGUCGGAGUUCAAGGACAAGCUGAGUCCCAUCUUCAUCGCCCUGACCUACAGGCUGGCAAACUCCACCCAGGCUGUGCUGCAGGGCCACAUGUCAGCAGUCGCACAGACCCGCAUUAUAUUGGACUGCGGCGAGGACAAUGUGUGUGUCCCUGAUCUGAGGCUGGCAGCCAAGGCGGAAAAUGACCGUCUGCUAAUUGGAGACGAGAAUCCGGCGCUGCUGCUCAUUGAUGCAGAGAACCGGGGGGAGGGAGCCUACGAGACAGAGCUGCAGAUCCACCCGCCCCCUCACACGCACUACCAGGGGGGGCUGAGCAGCAGAGAGGGUUUCAGUCGGCUAAUGUGCUCUCAGAAGAAGGACAAUGGGACGGUUGUUGUGAUCUGCGAUCUGGGAAACCCAAUGAGGCAAGGGCAAAAGGUGCAGGCAGGUCUCUAUUUCAGCGUGGGUAACCUGGGGGACGUGGACAGCCAUGUGUCAUUCCAGAUACAAAUAAAAAGCAAGAACAGCCUCAACCCAGACAGCAACCUUGUCGAUCUGCCCCUCACCGUCAGCGCCGUGGCCACUCUGGAAAUGAGAGGAAGGAGCCAGAGGAAAAAGGAACCAGACCAGUCUGAAGCACUGCUUCCCCGUUUCGGCAGGGGUUCCUCCCCUGCGGAGUGUGUUCUGCCCAUCGCUAACUGGAAGCCAGCGCCACAGCCCCAGACUCUAGAAGGUGUCGGUCCUCUUGUGGAACACGUAUACGAACUUCGCAACUUGGGUCCAGCCACAGUCAAUGCCAGGGUGCGGGUGGAUUUCCCCACCCGUCUGCAGGGGAAAUUCCUGCUGUAUGUGUUCGCCAAUGCCUCAGAGGAAUCCCUAACCUGCCACACUAACGCCGCUGAUAUCGAUCCCUACAAUCUGGUUAAGGAUAACGCAUUCAAUAUAACCACUGCCCGAAUUCAUCGGAUCGACAAGCGCGCGGCAGAGGAGGCUGAGCCCCUGCGCGAGGAGACAGUGCACGUGAACUGCUCGGGCAAUGAUGUCUGCUUGAGCUUCGUCUGUGAGGCCAAGGGCUUGGAGAUGGGUGGCAGUGCUGUGGUGAAGGUCAUGUCCAGACUGUGGGUGCAGACGUUUCUGGAGAGACCCUAUGAAGUCUUCGUGCUUCACUCUAAAGCCUAUUAUGAGCUGGAGAGCAUGCCCUCCAAGAUCCAAUCAGAGGUGCACCUCAGUGGCCAAUCAGAGACCCACACGAAGGUGGUGUGGAGGACCCCUGAUGGGGAGAAGAAGGUGCCAGUGUGGUGGAUUGUGGUGGCCAUCAUCGCUGGUCUCCUUCUCCUCGCUCUGCUGAACUUCAUCCUCUGGAAGAUCGGCUUCUUCAAGCGCAUCAGGCCUCCAAGCGAUAACGACGACGUGAAUGAACUCGACGCCGAGCAGAGAGAAUAUUUAGUUGAACAACAGAGAACUUCAACUGACAUCUGAGCCGCCUCAGGUGUAGACAGUGAACGUGGUAUUUUAGGAUGUGUCAGCCAAUGAGUGUGUGUUGUUUAAUUGUGAUGUCAUCAUUGGUACCCCAGAUUCUCCUAAUAUUGUUGCAGGUUGUUAGCCUGCAAUUCUGCAAUUUUCCUCAAGGUGUCCCCAUAGGCAUGCUGGCUUCGGCAAUGAUUUUACAAUAAGCACAGAUAUUGUAGUUUGUGCAAAACAAUUAUAGUCUCCUCCAUUAAUUAACCCAUAAGACCAACUCAUGUUAAUAGACAAGGGUGUGUGUGUGUGUGUGUAUACAGGUUUUAUAUAUAUAUAUAUAUAUAUAUAUAUAUAUAUAUAUAAAAAAAGCAUAAAUAAAAAUUGUUUCAAGCAGAGGCACUCCUACUUCCAUCAGGUACUGUUUGCCCUACAAGGCAGACACAAUGAACAUGUCAGGACCCAUUCCCACAACAACAGCAGACUAAUAGGCGUGGUACAUUUAAUUAAUUUUUAUUUGGAACCUGUUUAAAAGAUCAAAGCGCAGGACAUUUAGAGAAAGAAAUGGCCAUAGCUGAAGUUUAAAGGGAAAGAAAACAGUGAAUGGCAGGACAAUCAAAUUUAUUGUUCAGCUGAAGCGGUGAUGAAUGCAUAUCUUUCUCCUGAGAAAAUGUGGAAAAUGUUGGAAGUGUAAUCAGAUCUAAUAUUACGUGAAGCACAGUACAAAGUGUUUCCUUGAAGUUUCUAAUUUAGAUUAAGCUGGUCAAAACAUCAAAUAGCAUGCAAGGAUGCAAAACGUUCUGGACAUAUUUGUUUUGCAAGAAUGGAUUAGAUGUUGUGUCUGUACUCUGUUAGUUGUUCUUCCUUCCACAGCCUAGUUUUUAUUUAUGUCUUGCAGAACAUUCAUUGUUUAUUUAGGUGAUAUUUUGCUUGCAGUAGUUUAAUAUAUAGAAAACUACGAUCUUUUUUUAUGAACAUAUAUGAUUUCAAAGUUCUCCUCAUACAAGACACAUAUACAUUAAAUUUGUAUGGGUUUAGAUGAUCAAUUGAGUAUUGGUGGUAAGAGUAACAAUUACAUCUAUAUUACUGAACAGAAUAUUAAUGAUAAUAGAUUCCUUAUUUAACGAGUUUAGCUAAUUAAAAUCUCCAGCCCCGACUUUGGCGAUGAAGGACAGAAAAAAUAAAAAGCAGGAAAGAAAAAACUGGAAAGAACACCAGGUCUCAAUUGUGGUGUGUUACGUUACAUCCAGAAAUGUAUCGCUUUAUUGCUAAAAUGAACAAAUGAAACUUGAAACAUGUUAGAUAUUGUUUAUUGUCUGUAUUCAGGGAACUCAAUCAGUGGUAACAUUGAACAUUUACUUAGCUAAAUAUUUAUUGAGCCAUUUCAAAACAAACAACUCACUUUCAAAAAAAUACAACUCCUUAAAUUAAAUUAAUAAAACACAUAGAUUUCUUGUUUUUCACUUCCCUUGAUGUGUCACAUUAAUGGUCCAUUCUAGUUUACAGUUUUCAAAACUUUAUGUGAAUUAUUAGAUACAAUGUGUCAUCAUAUACACUGAAUUCUAGGCCAUUUUGAAAUCAUCAUUUGUGCACUGAAGGGAUAUCCUACUAACUAUGGCACUGACGUUACCUAAAUAGCCAUUGUGGUACUUAUUGUAAAGGAGGCAAUGUGACAAUUGAACAUGUUCAUUUCCUUUCCAGUUUUUCUCCAGUUUACUUCAGAUUCAUUGUAAUGUAGACUAGAUACCCACGUUGUUACUUUGAAUAAAGUGAAAUGAUGUUAAA